UCCUCUGUGUGAUAAAUUGGUUGGUGAAAAACAAACUGAAAACUCGAGCCCGCGCGCCGGUAUAGUGUCAGUGUGGUGUGUUUGAGAUGUUCCCAAAUGUAAAUCAAUUAUGUGAAGGUUAUUUAAUUAUUUGAAAGACCUAAUAUAAUCUUGGUUAAUUAUGCCUUCCACUUUAGAUGAGAGUGGUUGCCCAAUAUACAGUAUUUUAGUGGACAAUAAUAGUUCUAAUGUUGCGGUACAAUGUGAUGCUAAGAAGCAAUCUGAAAAUAUAAGUUAUGUCAAACAAAAAAUGCUAGAAAAUGAUUUUAUUAUAAGAAAAUACAAAAAGAAUAUUCUAUUCGAUAAAUCAGGAAGAUUUGAUAGAUUAAAUAACUCUCCAGAUGGAUAUACAGAAGAUUGCACAUUCAAUGUUGCUGCAACAAAUGAAUUGGCAAUGAGUUUAUCUAAGGAAAAAGCGGAACUGGAAGUGAGAUUGGCUUCUACUGAAAUCAAAAUUCAGGAAAUGAAAUCUCAUAUUAAUCAACUUCAGAUGCUGGUUACUGAAUAUGAAACACAAAUAGAAGCUUUGAAAAUAGAAAAUCAAUUACAAAAAUGUAAUACUAAAGAAUACAACACUUUGAUUAAUGAUAUAUGUCUUUUCAGAGACAUUGUACUUGGCAAAAAAAAGAUGCAAACUAGGCAUAAAAGGAUUUUAAAAAAGUAUGAUAAAUAUAAAUCAACUGCAAGUGAUAAUGUCUCUGAGGAUGUUGAGGAAUUAAACAUAUUUAAUCAAUCAUCACCAACUAAGACAUCAAAAAAAUCAUAUAAAAACAAAAACAGUCAGGCAAAAGGUUUAUUGAUUGAAACAAGUACUGUCAGCAAAAAGAUAGAAAAGAGCAGUAAGCUAUUGGUACAAGUAAAUGGUCGUCAAGAUUCCGAUUCUGGUAAUGAUAUCAUAAGUGAAGAUUCCGGUUUCAGUUCAUUUGGUAACAGCCCAGAUUAUUAUCCAACAAAUAGUCCUUGUAGUACAACGAGUUUGGCACAAAAAGAGAAGAAAAUUUACAUAGAUACUGCUACUAGUCCUAUAACUGUUCAAGUAGAAGUUAACACAAAAUCUUCAGAUAAAGAAAAUAACCAGUGUACAUCUUGUCAAUUAAGUAACAAUCUACAAACAGAGAAGACAUACAUAGACAUAGCUGCUAGUCCUAUCACAGUCCAGGAAUAUGUAAUUGAAAUAAUAAAUUCAGGCACAGAUUGUACUGAAAAUGAUAAUAAUUACAUUGAAGACACAACAACUGAAAAAAUUAAAAAUGAGAUACUUGUCGAUGAAUCUAACAAAACCAAUGUAGUACAAGAAAAUAAAAUUGAAAUCACCGUUGAAGCUAAAGACGAUGAAAAAACAGAACAAUUAGCCCAUUCUGAAAUAGAAAGUUAUUUAAAUGAUUUAAAUGAACUUGUAAGUGACGGUCCAACGGUCCAACGGUUGAAUGAUAGACAACAGAAUACAAAUAUUGAUAAAGAUAAUGAAAAGAGUAAUGUUCAAGAAAAUCAGGAGAAAAUAGAAGAUAUGUUGAAUGAUGAUAAAGAUUGUGUGUCUUUAUGUGAUUCAGAUAUUAUAGAAGGAUGUCUCUUUGGACAAGAUAGUUUUGAAAAUGAUAUUCCAUUAGAUAACGAAAUAAAGCAGAAACACUUUUCUGAUGUAGCAACUAGUCCUAUUACAAUACAAGGAAAGUUAGUAGAAAUCGCAACUAGUCCUGUACAAUUUAUAGACAGCCCACCUAAAAACUUGGAUAAUGACUUAACCAUCGAGAAAGCUACAUUCCAAAAUGAUAUUGAUAAAUGCAAAACAAUUGGAAUAAACACUAUAGAAAUUAAACAGCGCGAAAUAGCAACUAGUCCUAUUCAAUUUGAUCGUGUUUCUGGUGCUCAAGAAACUACAAUUAGCGAGCGAGAAUGUCUAGAACUCAAUAAUAGUAAUCAAAUUAAUAAUUGUCAUGACUGUGAAGUAGAAACUAUUUUAAGAUCUAUGCGAUUAGAUUGUGAAUUAAUAACACCGAUUCCUAAAUCACCAGCUAAAUCUAAAAAAGCAGAUACUGUUUAUGCCACUUGCCACAGGUGUAAAGAUAUGGCGAAACUUGAGAAGGAAAAUGAAAAUUUACAGUCUACUCUUCAGGACAUCGCAAAGUCAAUGGGCAGUAUGACAAGGUUAAUAAAAAGCAGAGGUGUGUUAGUGAAUAAAAAUUUAAAUAAUAAUUAUAAUGAAUCUUGUCAGCUUCAAAUGGAUGAAUUUACUCCAACUAUCACAUCAAAUGUAAAUAUUGAAGAGUCUAAUAAUGUCAAUGAAAAUGUACCAAAAGAUUUGUCAAAAUCUGUACCUAUUUUAAACAAACCGAACAUAGUUAAAGAUGUCACAAAAAGAUUAGAAUUUGGUGAAAAAGAAAAUCACCUUAAUAACAACGUAGUUUUAAAUAAUGAAAACCAACCAACGUCAAAUAUACCAAUUAUAAAAUCAGUUCAAAUUAGUGACAAUCAAAACCCGUUACGCAAUAACCAAGUCAUAAGUAAGUCAAAUGAAACCGAAGAGCAAUCCAUUUCAAAUACAGAUUUAAUAGAAUCAUUUGAAGUUGAGAAAGAUGAAAAUGAUAUAGACCAAAAUUGUAAUAUGCAUGUUGAUGAAGAAAAAUCUGAAUCGCCAACGAAAAAGGUUAGAAAAGUUAUAAAAUUAACAAAACUAGAGAAAUGGAAGAGAAAAUUGCUUCCAAAGUCUAAGAUCCGAAGAGAAUUAACUCCACCAAUCAGAAAAGACAAGAAAAGAAAACAGAUUAUUAGAAAGAAAGUAAUAGGAGAUGAUUCUCCUAAACUAGCUAUUUAUAAUAACGAAGCAUAUAAAAAAGCUGUUAAGGUAAUGGCGGAAUUAAGAGAUAAAGAAAAGAAUAAAACCAAUACAAAGCCAUCUGUAGUGAAACCUUUAGAAAAGAGCAAUGAGUGCCAACAAGAAGUAAUUAUUGUACUAUCCAAAUGUGAUGAUAUUAUUCAAAAACAAACAAAUGAGGCAGUUUCACCGAAACAUAAUAAGAUGAAUGAAGAAACAACUGCUAUUAAUAAUGAUUUACAAAAAGAAACGGAUUUAACUAUAGAAAAAUCACCUAAUUCACCACCUGUUACUACAAGAAGUCAAAGAAAACGCCUAAUUUCAGAACUUUUUAAUAGUCCAAAGGUGGACAAACAAGAUGAACAUGUUGAAUCACUAUUAGAAAAAGAGAAUUAUGCAAGUCCUGUCCGCAGAGGACAGAAACGUCGUGCAUCCGACAGAUCUGAAAGUACACCCAAAAGGUUACUACGUGGUUCUGCAACGCAUGAGUCAAGCUUAAAUAAAACUGAUAACUCUAAUACGGAAGUAAUUAAAUCACCACACAAAGAUUCAGAACCUAUCGUCGUUAGAAGAACUUCAAGACGCCUAUCUUCACAGAAUGCAAAAGAACUUAAAUGUAGUCUAUCUAAUCUAGAUGUCUUCACUGGAACACCAUUAUCUGAAAACAAUGAGCAACAAUCUUGUGUACCAGAACAGACGAUGCAGCCUAAAGACCGCAUUUUAUGUAGAAUGUUAGAGAAAUAUGCAAGAACUUCAGUUAAAUUCCAAGGCAAGAAAUUACCAGAAGCUAAAAUAAAUAUGGUCUCACGGAAACUGGAAGAAGGCAUUGCAAAUAUUAUAACAAUACCCCAAUAUAAAGCAAAGAAUGCAAUGAACGAUUUAGUUUACGAGAUACAAAAUUGGGACAUUAAGGUGUUUGUGUCCGGGCUUGUAUUGUAUUUGAAAGAGCCGACGCGUAAAGACGAGCUAUUUAACAAAGUGAACACUCCGCCCGCACCUUUAAUGACCAAAUCUGAACAAGUGCUGCUUUAUAUAUUGAAGCAACUACAAGCUUGUUGGGCCCCAGACAAUAUUAUAGAAACUAUAAUGAAAAGCAUAGAAUUCACUCUAUUUCAAUUAAAUAAUACACCAGAGUUUGGUCAAGUGGAGAGUCUGUCACAUUUCUAUGCUGUUCUCUGCAGAUAUUUCUCAGUGAAGAGUCGUCUGCGAUUGUUCAUGUUGGAUGCUAUGUAUUGCAUUCAAUUUAAAUCAGUGGCACUUAUAAAACAAUGUCUUGAAGUUUGGAUGCAUGUUCUACCUUUGGCUCAUAUGGGAAUGGCAAAAUGCCCGUUAGUUAUGUGUUUAAUAUACCUUUUACACUUUUUCAAAUGUGAGGAUAAAUUUAACCGGGUUCAAGAAAUAAGAGAUAUAUUGUGCCAGAAAUACUUUUAUCAAGUAAAAGAAUGGAGAGAAUCUAAGAUUUUGGAAAUGUUCAAGAACGCAUUAUUAGAAAUACGUGAAAUUCCAGUUGAAAAGAAAAUGCUUCGUUUGGCAUUUAUAAUUCUUGCAAAGCGAAGAGGUCCUCAUUGGGCACAAAAGAAUUUAGUCAAAGAUAUGAUCCAGCCUCUCAUAGAUAAGACAGGUGUACCAGAUAAUGUGAAAGCGUUCUGUGUGUCAAUACUGGGGCCAAUGAUGAAGCCAUAUCCUAAUGACAUGAGAGUACACUGUGAGGUUGUUGUCAAUCAGUUGAUAGAAAUGUUAGAUCAUAACGCUAAACCCAGUAUGCAAGAGGCUAUUUUCACAAGCUUACUGUACAUGAGGCGGCACAAUUCAGCGCGCGUCAACCAGGCUCUGUUCGCCUGGAGCCCGCGUCAGCUCUCCCCUGAACUGGAAAAUCUACUCAAAGACUAUAUCAGAGAGAAACCCGCUAAAGUAUGGAAACAUAUACUGUCGAAGAUUCCGAUUAUAUAAAUAUCGGGUAAUGUAAUUUUUUAAAUGUUUUAAGUAUUUAAGCAAUUUAGUAAGGAGGACUAACCACUGGUUUCUGAGCUCAAAAUCUCUGUAUAAAACAUAUCCUUGUUAAUAUCUUUGACAAAACGGAGAUAACAUUAUGUUUUAAAAGGGGAUUUUGGUCUCGGAAACCCACUAUUAGUUAGUAAAGAUAAAUGUCUUAGUUGUUAAGGCGGAUCUGUAUUGCUUUUGCAAUUUUUACCCAUAAUUUUUUUGUGACAGUAUUAAGACUAAUUAUGUGGUUAUAUCCAAUUUCUUUUACUGUACAAAUUUUUGUUUUACCCAGUUUAUAUUGUACAGUUCUUUGUUGGAAGUUAUUAGAAUUUACUCAAAAACUAUUCAAUAAUUCUGAAUCAAUUACAAGUCAUCAUGAUUCAAUAUUGAUAUCAUUUUACAAAAUUGAUAGUAAUUUUAUGAAAUAUUGAUUUUCAACACACAUAUUUCGGAUUUUUUAUGCUCUUUUUUAACCCGUUGUAACAUUAUGACCAAAGACUACUUUGGUACGUACUCUCUACUAAGAAAGUAAUUAUUUUUAAGUUUUUACUCUAAAACAAUGUUUUGUGUAUAAAUGUUUUAACUAAUUAAAAGUGAUAUUUCAGUUUAUAUAUUUUUGCAUAGCAACACCGGUUGCCUAGCAACGCAAAUAGCAGGUUAAAUUAACCUGGUAAAUGUUCGCUACAUGUAAUAUGUAUAUGUAUAAAUAUUAGGUUCUUAAUUUUGGUAAAAUCACUCAUUAUUGUACCGGUUACUUUAAACAACAUUGAGAUAGGAAACUUGUAAAAAUACUCCUUCGUACACGAUGCUACGUAAAUCUUCGAUACCUAGCGAUUUUAGUGUCUAAGCGACUUAAGCUAUACAAUGUUCGCAAUGUAAUAGAAGUUUGUGCUCGGGCACGCGUCGCCGUCAUGAUUAAGGUCCUCGCUUCAAAUUCAUAGUCGUGAUUUUGAAGAUGGCGAAGCAAAUUCGUAAAUUCAUGUCAUGUGUCGUCGACUUUAGUAUCAGAGAUUUGUGUAGCCUCGUAAACGAAGGGCCUUAGUGUUUAAUUGAACGUAUGUAUGUGAUCUUAGCAUGGAUGUUUUAUGUUUAUACUGUGUAACGUGACAAAAUGUAAAAUAUUGGUAGGAUUUAGAAAUAACGCAUUAAAAUACAACUAAAAUGUUGAUUAAUCGCAUAAGCCCAGUGUAUAUUUGUUAGUUAUUAUUCAUGGAUUACCUCUUUCUGGGACAAUUUCGGUGUUUACAGAACUGUUAGGUUAAGUUAAAAUUAAAAAAAACUGCUGCUUUGAAACGAGUUUCAGUUUGCGCACUAUACUCUCUGUGAUUUAUUGUAGGAUUUAAAUU